CAACGAUGGGCACCAACAGCGUCCAGCACCGUACAGGCGUUCUAGAGCUACGCCGCUUUCAACCGCUGGAUGCAGACCAGGUUCCAUAGUUCCAGAACACCACUAUUGCCUGGUACAUGUAGUACAUAAACAAACCCUCGUAGAACUGUUGCUACGGCUCAAACAUUUACAGGUGUGUGGUGAACAUCUCUCUCGGAUGUACCGUGAAUAGGAGGAAUCCCAGAGAAGCACAACAUGGACCAACCUCCCACCAAACGCGCUAAGUUCGAGGCAGGCGACAAUACAGACUCCUGUGAUAUUUCAACGAAGAACAAGCAAGAGACUCCGGUCGACGGUAACACAGCCAAAGUCGCAGGUUCUACAGAUGUCACACUUCGCGUCGGUGGCCGCGCGUUUCCCCAUUCUCGCGCGGUCCUGUCCAAGGAGAGUCCGUACUUCCAAGCCAUGUUUGCCAGCAACCUCCGAGAAAGCAGGGAAGACGAAGUGACGAUCGAAGCGGUGGAUGCAGGCAUCAUGGCGCUAUUGUUAGAGUCGGUCGGUGGGAAGAUCCCUCACGUUACCCAGGAUAACGUGCUGCCUCUGCUGAGCGCCGCGGAUCGGCUCCAGUUCCCGAACGCCAAGGAAGAGUGCGAGUACUUCCUGGCCGAACAGAUCACCCUGGACAACUGCCUUGGCAUCUGGCAGCUGGGGAAGAGACACGCCGCCGCACACCUGGAGUUCGAGGCAAAGAAGUUCAUCUGCAGACACUUCUCAAGACUGUCUUCCCUGGAGGACUUCUCUGUUUUGGACGUUACUGAGGUCAAGGAUAUUCUGUCUUGGGACGACCUGUUGGUGUCAGAAGAAGAGGUGGUGUUACGUACGGCGCUGGCUUGGUUAGAAUUCGACAAGGAGACGAGGGAGAAGUAUCGGGAAGAAGUUCUCUCCUGUGUACGAGCGUCGUUGCUGGAAUCCGUGCACGAGUUGUCGGAUCUUCCGUGCUCCUCCACCGGGGGACGCCUGGGGAUGAGUUUGCAGGAGAUCGCGCUGUUCUACCCGAAGGACGAUGGAGACCUGCCCGCUGUGGUGUACGAGCCGCGUCAGAGCAGGCUGUACCAGCUCAGACCGCCGCCCAUUCCGCACGGCACCGUCUACGUGCCCAGCAAGGUUCUGUUCGCCGUGUUGGGCAUCGACAUCUACAUGACGGUGUGCGUGGCGACCGACGCCAGCCCUGACGGCCGACACGUGAUGUUCCAGUACGAUCACGUGGACGGCACGUGGUUCCCGCGUGCCCCCGUCCCCUGCCGCCGAUUCAGCCACCCCCUCACCCUUAUCGGCCUGGACGGCAAGCUGUACGCCUUGGGGGAACUCGGCGGUAUGGAGGUGUACAGUCCUGAGUUAGACGACUGGACGUGUCUGGACACAGACCCACAGAAGUUAGACCCUCCCAUGGGAAGGGUAGAACACGUCGUCGCCUACAACGGCAAGAUGAUGGUGUUCGCAGGGGGGCUGCGUGGCGUGUACACUUGCGACGUCACGUCCGGUGAGUGGGGCCGGAUCGACGCGCCUUUGUCUGAUCCGCUUCUCAGUCGGAUGGGAGAAAAUAAUUCCUUCAUCUACAAGGACAAGGUGUACUUGACGGGGAAGGCGCAUCCGCAAGAUCCCUGUCUCGGGGGUGAGGAUUACCCCAUCACGUUCAACCCGCGGCAGAACCGCUGGGAGUCGCUAGGCGUCCCCCGUCCGGACGGCGUGCGCGGCACGCGCGGCUACGUCUACCUGUUCGACCACGUGCUGUUCGCGGUGGACGGCGAGCUGUACGUGAUGUACCGGCGCAAGACCAACCUGCUGCUGGCCAGCACGUGGCUGGAGAUCUGCCGCUACAACCGCGAGCUGCACCGCUGGGACUGGCGCAGUCUCGUCUGCGAGCGCUGCCAGGAGAAACAGUACGGGCUCUGCGUCCUCACGGCCAAGCUCAGCCUGGACAAGCUGCCCGCGGUAGACCCCAUGUUGAGCCUCUCCCUCAGGCCUCCACGCCGGAAGGUUGCCCCCAUCAUGCCCAUCAUGUCUCGCACGGGGCUACCCUACUGGAGAAACACUCCCCGAGUCUUCACGAACACUCCACGAGUUUUGACGAGCUUAACCGAGAGCGAUCUGGAGUCGGACGACGAAGACACGAUCUCCACAGCGUCAGACGAGACCUUACUUCUGGAGGAGGUGGUGGAGACAAGUGUCGUCAGUGAUGAGAUUCUUGUUGUGGACGAGCAUGUAACUUUAGCAGCGCCUCCUGUCGAUGAAACCGUGCACGACACCCGCACGGUAGGGGCAGUCUCUGUCCUUGGUGCUGAUGGCGCAGCGGCCACGUCGAGAGAGUCAACAGCGACAGACUGCGAUUGUGAGACUCGACAUAAUGCCAAAUAA